AUGGGGGACAAGUUUGAGAAGGUCGACGCGGCCCAGACUGGGAGCACAGAGUCCAACGAUGCACGGCCGACGGACUCAUCAUAUAAAAAUAUAGCACUGUCCAAGGAGCCAGACAUCACAGCUGUGGGCGCACCAUGCUCAAACAGUGAAGACAUCCUCGAAACCAUUAUGCGAGGCCGACAAUCAUCAAGACACUCACGGACAUCGGGAUCGUCCCUAGACUCGCACCAGACUGAGCACGACAAUGAAGCUCACGACCAUCAAGUCCCGCCCCGUAGGACUCGAAGUAGGCCACGAUCAUCCUCACGAUCUGUCCGUCCAGAUGCUAUCAAGGUACCCAGAUCAGAACGACGAGGUAUGCUCGCCAGAUUCUGUAUCUUUGCCGAAGUCACCGAGCCAUACGACUACACUCGACCAAAGAAAUGGAUGAUCACCUUCAUCAUUGCCUGCGCUGGUGCAGUGGCGCCAAUGGGCUCAAGUCUAAUCUUACCUGCACUUCGAGAUAUCGAAGCCACGUUCAAGGUCGAUGAGACUGUCGUCAACUUGAGCGUUGCGUUAUACAUGCUCUCGAUGUCCAUUUUCCCACUAUGGUGGAGCAGCUUCAGCGAGACGCUGGGACGUCGAAACAUCUACCUGGCCUCUUUCAUGCUGUUCGUUGUCUUCAAUGUGGUGUCUGCCGUGAGUACGGAUAUCGCAAUGUUCAUCGUCAUGCGAUGUCUAUCUGGUGGAGCGGCAGCCUCCGUGCAAGCUGUCGGCGCAGGGACAGUGGCAGAUAUAUGGGAAGUGAAGGAACGAGGACGCGCAAUGGGCAUCUUCUAUUUAGGUCCAUUAUGUGGACCUCUACUUUCGCCAAUCAUAGGUGGUGCUCUGGCGCAGAGUCUUGGCUGGCGGUCAACACAAUGGUUCCUCGCCAUAUUCGGUGCUUGUCUAUGCAUUCUGCUUGUAUUCUGUCUGCCGGAGACGCUGCGACGACGAAAGCCAAUGGCAGCUAUUGCUGAGGCAGAAGUGGAGGCGACUAUUAAUGAUCAGGACGAAAAGACUGGAGCCGGACGACCUGCACUCACACGUACGGCAACCAAACAGUCGGUACGGGUCAAAACCCGCAAAUACUGGGUCAUGCUACGCCGCGCCUUCAUCGAUCCUUUACGCAUCGUGCUCUACCUUCGAUUUCCUGCCGUGGCAGUCUGUAUAUACUAUUCCACGGUGACUUUCGCCUCCCUCUACGUCCUGAACAUCUCCGUCCAAAUGACCUUCUCCGUUGCACCCUACAACUACAGCAGCACAAUAGUCGGCCUCCUCUACCUUCCAAACUCCCUCGGCUACUUCCUCUCCUCGAUCUUUGGCGGUAGAUGGGUUGACGCGAUCAUGGCGCGCGAAGCUCGCAACGCCGGCCGAUACGACGAGAACGGCAAGUUAAUGUACAGACCAGAAGACAGGAUGCGGGAGAAUGCUUGGAUAGGAGCCAUACUCUGGCCUGCGGCUAUUAUCACAUACGGCUGGACAGCUCAAUACGGCGUUAACACUGCUGGGCCGAUGAUAGCCAAUUUCUUCUUUGGAGUGGGCAGUAUGUUGAUCUUCGCUAUGGCUACUACCAUGCUUACAGAGUUCAUGCCGAGGAAGGCGAGUAAUGGCGUGGCAUUGAACAACUUCGUGAGGAACAUCUUCAGCUGUGUCGGCACGAUCGUGGCUAGUCCUUUGGUCAAUGCAAUCGGAAAUGGUGCUUUGUUCACGAUCAUCGGGGCCGUUGCUCUAGUGAGCGGCAUCUUGACCAUAUUGGCUAUGAAGAGAUUCGGUCCUCGAUGGCGUGUCGGCAUGGACGAGAAGAUGGAAGCCGCUAUGGGAGAUUAG